GUCCUCUGUUUGAAGUCCUCUAGUCAUGAAAACUGCUGACGGUUUCAGAAAAUCUUCUGUAAAUUCUUAUCAGUGACCUGUUUACAUGUCCAUACCUGACUAUAAGAGCAGACCUCGCAAGAUAUUUCAGUAUGGACAAGCUUUUGGUCAUACUGACCCUAACAGGACUGUUGACUUCUGGACCAGAGAGUUUUAAGAUAUCAGAGAAAGAGUAUGAGAACAUUGAUCGAAUGUUGGAAUUUGGCGUCCAAAUAUUUCUGAACUGUUUGCGCAAAGUCAAAGAGGCCACUGAGAAACUAGUGAAGGAAGACAUGCUGAGAACAAACAGAAUUGCAAUCCAGGACAACUGGAAUUCCUUCAGAGAGACAGCCAACAGAAUCAGUGUAGAGGAAAGAGGUAAAGGAGUGCAGGAUGAUUUAAUUGUAGCAGCACGCACUGUUCGAAGACUGGUCCUGCACUACAAGGAUGAUGUCAAAAAAAUAUUCCAUACAGUAAUAAUGGAGCAGAAUGUUCAGAUGUAUCUACCAGUUGUAAACACGUUCAAAGGGACCAUUGAAAGAGCCAAAGCCAACGAGAUCUGGGGCAAUUUGGUUUCAAACUACCUUCCUGAUGCUCCAUCGAUUGAAAGUGAACCACUGGAGUUUCUCUGUUACCUGCUGUCCACUAGCACCGUGGAAACAUAUAUUGUGAAUGUUCUGAAGUUUGGUGUGGAAGUCAUUUCACAAAUUAAAAAAAUAGAUUUUGAUGAAAUUUCUGAAAGGAUGAGAACCAUCUUGCAGGCAGUCAAUGACAAGUAUAAUGAAAUUGAGAGAAUUGAGCGCGAGAAAGAAAAAGAUGAAUUUCUUGUGCUAGCAAGUGUUAUUUCCAGAGUGUUUGUUUUUUACUGGGAGAGUUUUCUGAAUGCUACAGAUACUCCCGAAUUGCAGGAAAAGUAUAAAGACAUUGAGAGAAAACUGAAGGAGCAAAAUUUUGAGGAAGAACUAAAAGAAGCACUAAAACCUAUAACGGAAUCAGAAACAGUGAAUGAUGUUUUAAGACUUCACUUUGACUUUGCCAUUGAGUUUUAUUGGAUCGGCCUUAGUCCACUGAUUACGUUAUAUGUUACUGGUCCACAGAGAUUUGGAAGGACUGUAAGGACUGUGGGCAUGUGUGCUGCUAUUCAUGCAUACACCAUUUAUGAACAGCUGUCUGAAAGAGGGCUGUUUUCUGAGAUGAAAAGGCUGUACUUCAGAGCUGUGGACAUAGGAACUGCCCUGGCAGGCAAUGAAGAAAUUCAGCAUUUUAGAGAGAUGUACUUUGAGAAAUGGAAGUCUUUCAGAGAAGAACUCAACACACUUGUAAAUGAAGAGAGACGCAAAUCACAUAUCCUACUUCCACAAGUGCGGGCUGUUGCAAGAAUGUUAAUUGCCAAAUUUGAGGAGCUCGUCGACAAAGUCAAUGCAGAUAUUGAUGAUGACACAGUACAACAGAUGUCAACAAAGUGGAGUAAUAUAAAAGAGAAAUGCAUUAAAAAACUACUGACCAGUGGAGAACUUACUCAGGAUCAACUGGAUGAAGCUCAGAGAAUCUUUCAGGAAAAUGCAAUGGGGUUUUAUGAUAAAUAUCUGGAGUUUACAAAAAUGAUGGAUCCACAGAGAGUUGAGGAUACAUUUAAGGCUCUGGUCAAAAUGAUGGUGGUCGGACUUAACUUCAUAUAUUCUCCAUUCGCUCAAGCUUGGGACUUCUUACUCACCUGAUCACUUCAGAAACAAUGAGGCCUUUUUCAUUAAAUAACAAUCUGGCACGUUGUAAUCUCACUGACAUAUUGGUAUUCUUAAUACUUAACUGAAUAAAAGACAGUAUGUUGAAAAACUAA